AGACCUCCGGUGAGGUCCCGCAGCCGCCAUGCUGCGCUCCAUCCCUGCGAACCGCCUGGUGGCGGUCGUGUCCGGCAGCAGCGUCCUGGUGAAGUGCCUGUGGGGCUCGGUUCUGCUCCUCUACCUCCUCUCCGUUUGGGUGGACACGGCGCACGUCCUGGCCGUCACCCCGGGCCUGCUGCUGCCCCCCAACCUAUGGCUGUGGACCCUGUUCACGCACGGGCUGGUGGAGCUGCACGUCUGGGACGUUUUGGCCAACCUUCUGUUGACUUUGGGGGCCGGCCGGAGACUGGAACCACUGUGGGGGGCCCCGGAGCUGCUCCUCUUCUACGGCGUGGUGAGCAUCUCGGUGGGCGUCCUGAGCUCCCUGUGCUUCCUGGUGGCCUACGCGGCCUCCUCCGACCUCCACUUCCUCUUCUCCACCCGAGUCCACGGCUUCCCCGCCUUCGCCGGAGCCGUCCUGGUGGCGCACAAGCAGACGUUCGGAGAUGGGCUGGUGGACUCCCGGCGGUGGGUCCGGCUCCUGCCCCAGCUGGCCCUCCUGAGUGUGGCGGUGCUGACGUUGGCCGGUCUGAUCCCCGGCCCCGUGCUGGCCGGGUACGGCCUGGGGAUGGCGUCCGGUUGGGUGUACCUGCGCUUCUAUCAAAGACACAGCCGGGGCAGAGGCGACAUGUCCGACCACUUCUCCUUCGCCAGCUUCUUCCCCGGGCCUCUGCAGCCGGUCGCUGGUCUCCUGGGCAACCUGACGCACGCCGCCCUGGUGAAACUGUGGCUGUGCCCGCGGGCGGUGAAGAGAUACGAUGUCGGGGCUCCUUCGUCCAUCACCAUCAGCCUUCCCGGGACGGACCCUCAAGACGCGGAGAGGCGGAGGCAGUUGGCGUUGAAGGCUUUAAACGAGCGUCUGAAACGCGUAGAAGACCAGACAUCAUGGCCAAACAUGGAGGAAGAGGAGGAAGAGGAGGAAGACUCCACGAGGGAAACCUCCUUCAACAGCAGCGGCCAGCCACACACUCCGCCGACUCACGAGACGAGCGCCACGGCACCCACGGUGUAAUCGGCCGAGGAGCGCUGUCCCGCGAUUGGCCAGCCUUGACCUGCCACGCUUUCUGUGGUGGGUGACGCCCACUGACCUGCGUUGUGCUGGGAUGGGAGGAGCUGCACUGUGCAUAACACUACAGAUCUGACCGCAGAUUUCCUUUUCCCCCCUCCCCC